UAUUGUUAUAACUUCCUCGGGAUUAUAUAUAUUGAACUGAGAACCACGUGUUGAAUUGAAAUUAUUUUUCUUCGGGACACUCUCUUUAAUAUUAUCCAAAGCUCAACUUUGUACCCAACGACUAUCAUACCGAUAUAUAACUCUACCUACCUAGGUACUAUUACUACUACACUCCUUAUAUCUACCAUCCAACUAUCAGCCAAUAUGUUGUCUCUUACCUCAAUCAUCGUUGCCCUUUCCGUUGCUCUCAGCCACGCCGCUCCCCUGGAUCCCAGACAAACCGGCACUCAAACCUAUAACGGAGACAUCACAUACUACGAGCCGGGUCUAGGAUCCUGCGGCGAGACCAGCACAGACUCAGACGCCGUGGUAGCCCUAUCACCAUCAGAGUUCAGCCAAAUCCCGCAGGCCUGCGGCAAGUCGAUUAAGAUCACAGGCCCUGAUAACAAGACCGUGGACGCCAAGGUAGUCGACAAGUGCCCGGCCUGCGCCUCCGGAUCCAUCGACGUCUCGUCUACCGUAUUCCAGCAAUUAGCCCCGUUGAGCGACGGUCGUAUCAAGAUCUCAUGGACCUUUUCCUCAUAAAAGUGUAUCAGCACCCACCUCACACGAACACGAGGAGGAACGCGGGGGAAUUGCUAGACAAUCCCAACCCCACUACCAAAAAAACAAACUACAGUUAUAGAAUGGGAACAACACAAAAAAACAUAAAAAAAGGACGGAAACCAAAUAGACAAGACAAGACAAGACAAGACAAGACGAACAAUUUACUAUAUACCUAGGUAUGUAUGUAUUAUUGGAUGCCAUCAAGACUACCGCGGGACGUGUGUCUGCCACCAGUGCUGGGCAUAGGCGAACAUGAUUUCACGUGGGUACGACAAACGAACAAACAUGAGACUUCCUUGAUGGAUAGAUAUGAAUAAAGGAGGAAUGGAAUAGGGGAGGAUAUAUCCACAUUUGGGAGGUUGAGUGAAUACCUAGAGCAUUAGCUCUGCAAGACUGUUGUAGAGAAUAAAUGAAAACACAACAUAAAACCAAGGUCCUUCGUCUCUUAUUCGCUUUUCGUGU